AGUUAGCUCAGGGCCCGGUGAUACCACACCUGCAACCCCGGUCCCUAUUCACCUGCCAAAAUCCAGCCCCAGUGAGAACCCCCGCUAAUUGGCACUCUAAACUCAAUCACAAUAUUAAUUGUGCCCUAUUCGGGGGAGGUGCGAAUCUGACACCUUUGGCGGAUUAUACGGAAAGGGGACUUUUCUCUUUUCUUUUCUUUUUCCGAGUAUACAGCCGGAGUCAAAGGGGGAUUGGCCAGCGGAGAAGCAGGUAUCAUUGGCUGGUUUGUGUUUCGCCUGAGCUGUUACCAGCCACCUGCAGUACGUCAAUCAACGCGAGUUGACAAGGGGAGACGGGAACGUGGCACUGCACAAUGUGUCCAACCGUAUAGCGUGGAGGGUCGAAACCGCACAAGGAAUCCCGGGCAGCCUGUCGAUAAUAUACGAGUUAAGAGAAAAGAGAAGUUCAUAACGUCGUUUGGGAUCAGACAGAGCGAGUCGGUUUGUCUAGCUACCUGUGCACGCGUGUAUGUGGAGUUGAAGAGGCUUCUAUGGCUGGGCGUUAACAACUGCAGUUACAUCUCGGAGGAAAGUCUACGGAAAACUAUAUACCCAGUCACUUACUCUCGACCUUUGUCAUUUAAGUUAAAUUGCUAAUUUAAUUUGAUAACGAUUUUACUUGAUAUCAUUUUUGAGGAGCUGCCAUUCUACAAGGUUCCGCGACAGAAUACGACGCAAGAUGCUACUAAGUCGUCAGUCCUGCAUCCUCCUAGUGUUGACUGUGUGCUGCCUCAUGGUGAUGCUCCCACAUGCGUCAUCCAGGGCCGUGGCACGAGUAGACGAGAAUCUGAGCGGGACGCACCCGUCGAGUAGCCGGGGCCGUGACCACCCAUCCCCGGCAUCCAACCUCGGCGAGGGCACGGUCCAUCACCAGUCCCAAAGUGGCGUCGAUGAGGAGUCCAACGUCAUCAUGACGCAGCAGAAGGAGCAAGUGCUGGGCGAGCUCUUCCGUGCCAUCGGCUUGGAGAAUAAUACCUUGGAGGAGCCGGCGCGUCGGCCUCAGCCACCUCCCUUCAUGUUGGACCUUUACAGCUCAAUCGCCGACCCCAGCUCCGGGAAAAUGAAGAUGCCGAGGCCCUUUAAUGCUAAUACCGUCCGGUCGUUACCGGACAAAGCGGACAAGCACCGUCUUCACUUCCAGUUCAACCUGAGCCACGUGCCUGCCACGGAGAUGCUACUCCAGGCGGAACUCCAUCUCUUCAGACUCAAGCCCAAGAUGCGACCCACCGUCACUGUGUCUGGGAAGAGGCAGCCUUUCUACCAGAUCCAAUUGUAUCAGCUUGCCAGUGAGGACCUCACGUCGAUAGAGGGCGCCAAACUGAUUGGACUGCGAUUGGUCCGAAGUGUUGGGACGGAAUGGGAGGUCUUCAGCAUCACCGAUGCUGUGUCCAGCUGGCUAGCGGAUGAGCGAACUAACUUUGGCGUACUGGUCACCAUCAGCUCCCUGACCGGGGAACCGAUGGACGAGAACUUCAUCCGCUUUGCUCAGCAGGGCAAGCAUCAUCCCACCAAGCAUCCAUUCCUGGUGCUGUACACCAGCGACCUGAGGCAGAUGGACAGCGCACACACAGGCCAGGAUGCUGUAGAAAGUGCAUAUGAGACAUUCUUUGAGACUUACGGCAACCUCAAUUCGCCGCCUUUCACUGACUCCACGCAAGCCGGCCCCACGCCAAACGUCAACACUAACCGCUACAGCGAUGACAAAGUGACAACAACCAAGGAGACGCGAACAGGAACUGCGACUUCAAGAAACAGGAGGGACAACCGGCAGGAUUUAGACACGGAGUCGCCGACGGAAGACUCGGCAACGGCCGGUGGCAGCAGUGGCAAGAAGGCCAGCCCCAAAGGCACCUGCGCCCGCAAGUCCAUGUACGUGGACUUCCACGAGAUCGGCUGGUCAGAUUGGAUCAUCUACCCGGUUGGGUACAACGCGUACGAGUGUGCGGGGCGAUGCCCGUUCCCGCUGGGGCAAGCCGUACGGCCGUCCAACCACGCCACGGUGCAGAGCCUGAUGCAUCUCAUCUCCGCCGACGUAGCGGCCCCGUGCUGCGUUCCCAGCCAACUGGACCCCAUCGUGGUGCUGUUCUUUGACAGCGACAGCAACGUGGUGUUGAAGCAGUUCGACAACAUGGUUGCGACUGCUUGUGGCUGCCGCUGAUUCAGAUAUUUUUAUUCAACAUGUAACACCCUGCACAAUUAAAAGGACUUUCUUAAAGGAAUUUAAAAGAGUAAACAGCUCCAGGGGUCCACUGAGUCUUAAAGAACUGCAGGAAUGGAACAGUUACAAACUGUUAUCCUGAAAAAUAUUGAAAGAAGGCCAGUUAUAUCCUGAGAACGAUCACCAAACAGAAAUAUUCCUUAAUUCUUUUCAUAGUAUAAUGCUCUAAUAUUUACAUGUACAACAGUCUCGCGUUAUCGAUUUCUUCAUGGAAAAAUAGUGUAUUAAAUAUAUGAGUGUAAAAAAUAUUGCAAGUGGUUAUAUUUGCAUGUCUUUAAUGUACAUACAAGGAGCCUCAUUUCCCCCUUUACUCUUGGCCAAGAACUAGUACAAAGUACAGAAUUUUCUCUUUUUUUAAAUCAUGGCUAAAAUAAUCUUUCUUAACAUUCGUUAUAGAUAAUUUUAUUCUGUUAACAGUAUUUUGUUUUAAUUUGUGAAUAGUAAAAGGAAAAUAGCACCCAGCUAUGUAUUCAAAAGUAAAGUUUUGUACAGAUUUUUUUUUUUUUUGGAGGGGGGAUUUGAAAUAUGAACUACUGCCAUUUACUUAGUCCAAACAAUAGACAGCUUCAGUUGUAGAAAUAGGUUUUCACAUUUUGUCAUU